AGAGAGAGCGAGACAAGACAGUUCAGACUAAUGGGCAGUUUUCUGAGUGUUUCACCAGGUACAUGUCCCAGUUUUAGCUCAGCACUUUUGUUCACAGAGACUUGUCACUGGAGCAGCGCCAGGUCCAUUUGCAAGGCAGAGAAAGCGCCUGCUGCCUAAGUAGUCUGAUCCACGGGCACCAACCACAGCAGAGGAUCUGUCUAGAGUAUUGUUAUGCAAGCAGGAAGAGGAGCAGCCCCACUUUGAUCCAGGCAUCGGACGGAGGCUGGGAUGCUUCGGUCCUCGACGCUGCUUGAGCUGGAGGCUGCUGGUCGCCUUCCCAUCUGGGAAUUAGCAUAUCGGACAGUGCAGUGCACUGUUACUAGCACAGGGCUCUGUGCACAGUGAGAUCAUGAGAGGGAAGGACUGAUGGACACCUGCUCAUCACUCAGCUUCCCUUGCACUUGAUAUCGCACCACUAAGUUUUGUCAACCUCAUUUUAGACCUCAGCCCAGUGACUGUCACCAACCAUGAGCGGCGGGCUGAAUAUCAAAGUCAUAUCUCAGAGUCAGAGCGACGCAGGUGUCAGCUCGAGUUUGCCUUUACCUCGAAGCAUGAUGCCUCUUUCUAAGAUGGAUCCAAAGCAACAGUACAGCGGCCCCCCCAAUCCCACAAUGCAGUAUCAGCACGCCGCCAAACGCCUGCCCUCCUAUUCUUCAUCUUCUGUUUCCUCGGGUCCUGCAGAGCUGCUGAGAGGCGCAGCUUUAAAGAACCACCUGCUGCAGCAAAAAGUUGGCAUGUAUUCUCACAGAAGCCCGGCAGCUACAGAGCGAACUGAUGGAACAUGCUCGGCAUACAGCAGCCCGCAGAUACCAAAGAGGGAAGUCCGACGCUCUAAAGACACGCUGGACCUCCGCGCCAGCACGCUCAACCAGAAGGCUUUGCGAGACCUCCAGUUAAGACGAACCACCAACAAAAACUGGACCUUUGGGAAAUAUCGUCUGAAGAGCGUGGACAACGCAGAGGAGGAUGAAGCCUUGUGUCGGCUCUCCACUAAUGUCCAGUUAGGCCAAGGUAGAGGGCGUCUCUUUUAUUCUAAAGGUGCAAAUGGGAAUGAGAUAUCAGCUGUGUCUUCAGCUGGAAUUAGCAACAUCCAAAGAGACGCGAGGAAGAUCUCCAACCAGCUCCUGGGAGCUUCUGAAAGAGACGCGUCCAGCAACAAAUCAAAGUCUUCUCAUCACUCAUUCAACAUGCCACGCAGAAAGAGCGAGCCAGGGAAAGUCAACAUGGCAGCUGUUGCUCCCUUCAGGUUCAGGUUUCAGGUCCAUGAGGAUACAGAUCCCACCCUUGACGAUCUUAGUGACUGUUCCUCUGACUCCAUGGAGGUCUGCUGUGAAGAGCUAGACCCUGAGUCCCAGAGGAAGCGGACCGUGCAGAACGUCCUUGACCUACGCCAGAAUUUGGAGGAUACAAUGUCGAGUCUGCGGGGCUCCCAGCUUAGUCAUAGCUGUAUGGACAGUAGUAACGUGGGCUACGACAGUGACGAAACCAACGCUCGCAGCAUAUCCAGCAUGUCCAACCGCUCGUCGCCUCUUUCCUGGCGCCACGGCCAGUCCAGCCCUCGCCUUCAAGCGGGUGACGCCCCGUCCUCCACGGGCGGAGGAUACCAGGGGGGUAAGACGGGCUCCCAGUACACGGCCCACACGAUGCCAGCUCGCUGCUCCAGCCGCCUUAACAGCACGUCUCGCAUCGAGCUCAUCGAAGGCCUUGACGAUGGCGACCUAAAGUCUGGUUACCUGAGCGACAGCGACCUUCUUGGGAAGAGCCUGCCGGAUGACGACGAUGACAACCUGGCUAACGGUUGGGACGAGAGCAGCUCCAUCAGCAGCGGGCUCAGCGACGGUGACGGCGAUGGCUCGGAGAACCUCAGCUCAGAGGAGUUCAACGUCAGCUCCUCCCUUAACUCGCUCCCCAGCACACCCCUGGGAUCCAGACGCAACUCUUCUGCUAUGCUCCGCACUGACGCAGAGAAGCGCUCCCUGGUGGAAAGCGGACUCUCUUGGUACAGCGAGGACGGAAAGGCCGUCCACAAGCUCGACAGCUGCAGCUACGACACGGGGAGUCUCAAGACGGAGGCCCCGAGCAAGUGGAGGAAGAAGCCUCCGAGCCUCAGUGAAGACUCGGGGUGUAAAGGAGAACUGAGGAAGCCUCAGAGCUUGGGUCAGCCAGGAAGUUUCAAAAAGGGUCGUAAUCCUCCCAUAGGCGUGACCUCCCCCAUCACCCAUACCUCCCAGAGCACGCUGAAAGUUGCAGCACCUAAAACUGAGAAGCCACUGGAUAAAUCCAGGAUUUCCCUCAAAACUGCUGGUCUACAACGGUCCCGUUCAGACGCUGGAAGGGAUCACCAUGGAGAGCACCGCAAGCCCCCGUCAGGUUUGGUUAAACCCACAGCUGGAGCUUCCUAUGGCUACAAGAAACCACCAACAGCCACCGGUACCGCCACUGUUAUGACAGCAGGGGGCGCCACCAUCUCCAGUGGCUCUGCCACUGUGGGGAAAACCCCCAAGUCAUCUGGCAUCCCUGUGAAGCCUGUGGGAGGAGGUCGAAAGAACAGUUUUGACGCCAGCAGCGAGCAGAGCUUCAUGAUGCCAAUCGCCAGGAACAGCAUUCAGUACCGCAGCCUGCCGCGGCCGGCCAAAUCGAGCACGCUCAGCGUGAUUGGUCGCCCCGCGCCUCGACCUAUCAGCGGCACCAUUGAUCCCAGUCUGUUGAGUUUGAGGCCUGUGCCCAUGGCCUCCACGGGCCCCAGGGUUAAAGAGCCCAGUAGCUGCGGCAGUAAGAUGUCUAAUCGAACGAGCGCAGGCCCAGUGAACAUGACGGACCGAGAGAAGGAGAAGGAGAGGGCCAAGGCCAAGGCUGUGGGUGCAGACAUGGACUGUUGCUCUCUGAAAGGAGACACUUUGUCCACAGGAGAGUCCACUGUGAAACUGCACGGCCUGAGACGGACCAGCAGCGGCAAAUAUCCUGAACUGUCAUCGCCCACCACACCAAGGAUGCUGAACACUAAGUCCCUGGGUCGCCCACCCAGCUUGGCUCACCUGGACAAGGUCAACUCCAACAGCCUCGACUCCUGCGUGACCAUCCACGACCUCCCGCCCAAAGUCCCCCCUUAUUCCAAGCUGCACGACUUGGCCGGCUCCCACGUCCCCUCCCGCCUCACCCCCAGCCCGGCGCCCGUGCUCCACAUCGAUUCCCCCGGCUCCUACACCAGCGAGAGCCUGAGUCUGAGUGCAUCCCCGCUGCUCUACCCCAAGCUGUCCGGCAUGCACCGCAGCAUGGAGUCCCUGCCCCUCCAGAUGAGCGUGCCCUCCAGCUCGAGGUUCAUCAGAACUGAGGUGCAUGACAAGGAACAGAGGGGCGCGGGGACCUGGGGAGCCGGAAGCAGGACGUCCCUCAACCUCACAGAUAGCUUGCAAACGGACAGAAAUACCUUGCCGAAGAAAGGCUUAGAACGCUAUGGCUCAAGCCUGUCAGAUAGCGACGGCAAACCGGGACGGCGCCACUCCCACAACAUAGUCAGCAUGACAGAUAGCGAUAGCCCCCCUCAGCUGCCUUCGCCGACCCGCCCUCUCCACCCCUCCUCCGGCAAGGCCCCUCUCACCAACGUGGUUGCCCCAAUUUCUUGUGGCACCCCGAGGAUAUCGCGCUCCAACAGCAUAGGCCCGCCCAGCGAGUCAGCCUGCGAUCUCUAUGGAACCUCCCCCCUGGGCAGCAGUAUGUCCCUGGCUGACCGGCCAAAAAGCAUGAUGCGCUGUGGGUCUUUCCGCGAACCAGGGGAUGAUGUGCAUGGAUCCGUGCUCUCUCUGGCGUCCAAUGCUUCCUCCAACCAUUCUUCGAAUGAGGAGAGGAUACAAGGGGAGCAAAUCCGCAAGUUGAGGCGAGAGCUGGAGUCUUCCCAGGAAAAGGUUGCAGACUUGACCAUGCAGCUUAGUGCCAAUCUAGGCCAGGCUAAUCUGGUAGCGGCUUUUGAGCAGAGUUUGGCGCUGAUGACGGCACGCCUGCAGACCCUGUCGGUCUCCUCGGACCAAAAGGUAUCUAUCACGAUGGACUCUGAACUCACUGACCUGAAGGAUACCAUCGAGGUUCUGAGAGUCAAAAACACAGAGGCCCAUGAAAUCAUUCAGGGGGCUCUCAGCAGUCCGGACUCUGCUCCUAAAGAACUGCCGAUCAAUCGCCAGAACUCCUCCGAAAGCAUCUCCAGCCUCACCAGCAACACCAGCCACACCAGCCACUCCAGUAUUGGCAGUCUCAAAGAGCAGGAGGCCAAGAAGAAGAAGAAGAAGAGCUGGGUCUUUGAGUUACGCAGCUCCUUCAACAAGGCCUUCAGUAAGAAGGGCUCCAAGCAGUCGGGGCCGUACGCUGACAUUGAGGAAAUUUCCACCCCAGAAUCCUCUGCACCUUCCUCCCCCAAAGUCCACCAUGUUGGAGACAAACCUCCAUUGAAAUUAUCACCCUCUGCAUCAUCAUCAGGACUCUGUGAAGACGAUGAGGAGGUGGGGGAUGACAAGGUUGUAACAGAGUUGCGUACAGAGCUGUGGGAGAAGGAGCGUAAACUGACAGACGUCCGCCUGGAGGCUCUAAGCUCUGCCAGUCAGCUGGAGCAGCUGCAGGAGGCCAUGACCGACAUGCAGUCGACAGUGGAGAACCUGAAGGCUGAGAAUGACCAUCUGAAGACAGGUACUAAUCUGUCCCCCUGCCCGUCCCCUGGACCCUCCAGCUCCGUCUCCCAGUCCUCAGGUCUCACUGCUCUGGGAAGUUCAUCACCUCGACAGUCCGUAGCCAUGCAAAUGCCCAAGAGCUACAGCCGAGGGCUGAGUGAGGGGGGCAGCUCAGCAGACGUCCACUCAGAUACUCUCAGUCUUUCCUCUCAGAGGGAUGACCACCGUGUUCGGGUGGUGAUUUGUGUUGCAGAUUUACACGUCUUCAAAGAUGAGGUUAAACAGCAGGAUUUCUUCGUCGGCACCGUCAGGGUGAACGGCAGGAUGGACUGGCCCAUGCUGGAUUCAGCUGUCAGCCAGGCUUUCAAAGUGUACGUAGCCAAGGUGGACCCCACUUCUAGUCUGGGCCUGUCCACAGACUCCAUCUACAGUUACAGUAUGGGCCACAUUAAGAGAGUGCUUGGAGGAGAAGCUCCAGAGACACAGCCCUCUCGCUGCAUGUCCCGAGGCCCCAGCAGCAUCACAGUGGCCCUGAAAGGUUUGAAGGAGAAGUGUGUGGACGGCCUGGUGUUCGAAACCCUCAUUCCCAAACCCAUGAUGCAACACUACAUCAGCCUGCUGCUCAAACACCGGCGCCUCAUCCUGUCCGGGCCGAGCGGGACGGGUAAGAGCUACCUGGCUUCCCGGCUGGCUGAGUACCUGGUGGACCGCAGCGCCCGCGAAGUCACCGACGGCAUCGUGGCCACUUUCAACAUGCACCGCCAGUCAUGCAAGGAUCUGCAGCUGUAUCUUUCCAACCUGGCCAACCAAAUCGAUCGGGAAACCAGCACGUCAGAAGUCCCGCUGGUCGUUAUUCUGGAUGAUAUUCACGGGCCUGCUUCCCUCAGCGAACUCGUCAAUGGUGCUCUCACCUGCAAAUAUCACAAAUGUCCUUACAUUAUUGGAACGAGCAACCAGCCGGUGAAGAUGAUAGCUAACCACGGCCUCCAUCUCAGCUUCAGGAUGGUGACUUUCUCCAACAAUGUAGAGCCAGCCAACGGCUUCCUGGUGCGCUACUUGCACAGGAAGCUGAUGGAGUCGGAGGAUGAGAGGAGCUUGACCAAUGAGGAUCUGAUCAGGGUGUUGGACUGGGUGCCCAAACUGUGGUAUCAUCUGCAUGCAUUCCUGGAGAAGCACAGCACGUCGGACUUCCUUAUUGGCCCCUGCUUCUUCCUGUCCUGUCCAGUCACGGUGGAUGAGUUUCGAUCGUGGUUCAUUGACCUUUGGAACCACUCUAUUAUUCCUUACCUGCAAGAGGGGGCCAAGGACGGCAUCAAGGUCCACGGCCAGAAGGCGGUAUGGGAGGACCCGGUGGAGUGGGUGAGGGGCACCCUGCCUUGGCCGUCUGCCCAGCAGGACCAGGCGAAGCUGUUCCACCUGCCUCCACCCAGCAUCGGCUGCGGCAGCCCCGGUCAGCCCAGCGAGGAGCGGCUUCACAAGGAGACUCCACCCAGCUCCAUGGAAUCUGAUCCACUGAUGGCAAUGCUUUUGAAACUUCAAGAGGCUGCCAAUUACAUUGAGUCCCCAGACAAAGAAGACCCUAGUCUGCCUAAACUUUGAACACAAAGCUUACAUGUUACACUUAGCACUUCAAAUUCUAUGUGGUUUUUUUUCGUCCACUGUGAUGACGCAGUGCACGUUCAGGAACAAAUGAACCCUCAGAAAUGGUUGUAGGGUGAUUUAAACUGGCAUUCCCGCAGUAGGUUAAAAGUAUAAAUCAUUUUAUUACAUGCAGUAUUUUCAAAAGACUAUAUAUAUUACUUUACUGUAUAUUUGACUGGAUGACAUUCACUUUAGUUCAGAUCCCUUUACCACCACGUUAGCACUCAGUACUCAGUUAGAUUGGUGCUAAUCUAUCACUAAGAAACUCAUCGUCUCAGCACUUAGACUUCAGGUGAUUUCUGCAACAGCGCACGUGCAUCAUGGGAUACGGAGUUCUCAUCAACGGAAGCUAUUCUCAAUUAUUGCGACUCCUUUUUGGAAAAGAGUAUGACAGCAUGACAGAUGCUACUAUUUACUGCAAAGUUCUUUGGUACAUAUCUACUGUAUAAGUAUCUUUGAAGGCCAAAUCUUAUACAUAUGCAAUCCUGAACUUUACAACCGGAGCAGGUGAAACAAACAAAAAUGCCUUAAGAACAAAGACGUCAACGUCACAUCAACUUCCGCAGAGUACACUGGUGCUUUCAUCGUUGUCAUCUGAGCUAAGACGGUCAGGAGUCAGUUAUUUCCUUCAACUCUCUUCAUUAUUUAUUUCAAUUAAUCUUUAAUCUUUUGUUUUAUAAUAUCAAAUUAUAAAAUAUUAUAGGAUCAAUUAUCAGUAUAUGUUUUCACAUACAUGUUUUUUAUCAUUUUACGGCUUAUAAGUUGAACAUUUAAACUUGCUGUCAUACUCUUUUGCAUAAAACAAAACCUAUUUAUUAGUGAUGUGAGUUCAUCACUUUGUUGCUGCAAGCACCGAAUUUAGUUGUAUGAACUUUUAGUUUCAUGUCAAACAAGUGUCACCAACGUUGCCAUAUAUAUCAGGUAUUAGAUACUUAUUACACAGGGAUAAUAUAACACAACAAACACCCUCCGAUUAAACAGAUGCUAUUUGAAUCAAAUUCAGAUUUUUUUUUGUUCUACAACAUUUAUCUAGGAAAGAGUACAUUUGUUUCAAAUCUUUCCCCCCAUAUUCAGAGUAGCUACCGUAUAUAUUGUGUACAUACAACCGUGCUACAUGGCAGUUAUUUUAUCUAUAUUAGUUGGUGCAAAUAUCUAAUAUACCGAACCAAAUACUGUACUUUGAUCAUGCAUAUUGACUGUCAUGUUAGCGGUUUAAGUUCAACUAUGAAUGUAUAGAAAACACUUGUGGAAAAACAACCAUUUAGCAGUAUCUAGCAGGUGCUUUUAAAGGACGCCUUAUCACAAAGCUCCACAGCGAAACACUUCUAACAAUGUCUGAGUAGAGUGACUUUAAAGCUACCUAUGCCCAUUUUCAUUUGCAAGAGUUCAUCCACUUCACGAAUAGAAUACAAAAAAAUCACAUUCUCGUGCUUAUUAUCAUCAUUUAGGUACGUAUGGUGCUCUUUAACAAUAUCCCCAAACUGUUUUAGUGUCAAAUAAAGAUCACGUAGACUUUCAGGGUAGGUUAGCAAGGAGUUUUUGUGUCCUACAGUAGAACUAUCAAACGCUAAAGUAACGUGAAAUAGAUCUGGAAGAUGAUUUCUGAUAUUUUUUAGGACGUGUUGUCGAAGAAGUGUUGAAGACAUUAGACAGUGAAGUCAUGUGACACAUCGUUAGGUGUACGCCCAUGUUGAUAUCGUACGGUACUAUACUAUAGAACACUUUGGGUGCACGACACAGUAACAAGGUGAUUAUGGAGAGUAGAAACAAAAGAUUUAAACACUUUUUAAGGUACUUUGUGUAGAUUUUUUUUGUAAAGAAGCUCUACUGGAGUAAAUGGCAGACAAAGUGGUUGUGCAAGUAUUGUCGAAAUAUUUCACCUGUUCAUCCCGAACUGUGUCAUUGUUUUAGGUGCUCAGACUGAACGUCACAUGUACAUAAAUCCUGUAAAUGAAUGUCGGACCACUUUUAUGACAGCUCCAUAAGAAAGUUUAACAUUUUAAUUUGUAUCUGAGCUGCUUAUUGCUUCGUUAUAGCACUGUUUGCAUACGGCUGAUAACAAAACUAAUCCGCAGCUCUGAUUGGUCACCUGUAAACUAAAAAAAAAGGAUGAAUUAAAGACCUCCAAAGAGCAAAAAAAAGAUGCCAAUUGGCCAGUGACUGGUCACAUGCCGAUUGAGAAUAAUGUCAGUUAUUGUAAAUAUUUCAGGUAUUAGACAGUAUUACCAACCCUGGUCUGUUUCUGCAGGUUAACUAAAGCCAUCAGCUCCAGCUUCUCAUCUCAUUCACUGGUUGUUGUGCCUGUUGCUCUGUAGUAGCUGUGAUUUGUGUUUGCUUACUAGUGUUAUCAAGACUAUGCAGCAACUUCUACUGGUGUUGGCAAUCAGCGAAUGUCUGAUCCUCACGAGCAAACGCGGUGUGUUUUCAUCUGGUUUCUGUUUUUUGAGUUCUUAAUUUGGACCAAAUUGCGACACAGGACAAAAAGUGGAAGCUUGUUUCAAGCAGGUGGCACCGAGCCUUAAAGAGAGGAGGGUUUGUUUGGCGUUGCGUUGAGAACAGGGUUCAUAGAUGUAGUUAAAGAAAUGAAGCAGUUUGUAAGCUGUUGCAUGUGUUUUGUCCUUGUGAAUGGGCGACAAAAGUACUGGAAUUGUAAAUGGUCAAAUGACGAUAAACAAAGAAAGAAAAAGUUUGAAAGUCUAAUUGAAAUAGUUGACAAGAAUCAGCACUUAACUGUUUGCAAAGUUACGUAGAAUCCAACCAGAUAAAGAGAUGAAUCUGAUCUCUUUAGGCCAAUACAGGUUGCUGAAUAGUCAUAUUUUUGCAAAGCUUGUUGUGGACUAAAAAGAUUUUUUUUUAAAGAACUGUUAUGCGGUAUCUAAUGUCACUGACGUGCAAAUGUUAAGGGUUUCUAAGUGUUGUAAAUGCAUGUAAACUUGCUGUGUGAUGAGAAAAAAACAAUUUAACAUUAAUGUAUUGUUUAGGAAAAUCAUUCUAGAUAAUGUUUUCCUUUUUAAUACUCCAAAUAUUUGAUAUUUCUUUUCUUUUUUUUCUAAAGAAUCCUUUGUAAAACUUAAUUUCUCUAUUUUGUACAGGGCAUCAUUGUAAAGAUUGUAAAUAGGUCAGCAUUCUGGAUGCGGCAACAAUCAUUGAGGAGGGGAAACAAAGAAAUCAUCCUUGAGAGAAAGGUAUAUUUCUUCAGAGUUGGGUCCAGUACGUGGAUAAGGCAUGUUUCUGAAGGCUUUCAUCCACCUAUCACUGGUUGUUGGAAUCAAUAAAAUACAUGUUAUAUUUA